CACGGCGCAAGAGCCAAUACACUCGUGCAAUAUGUCUCUCCAAGAGAAGCUCGAGAAGAUUCGCUCGCCGAAGCUACAGAAUCAGCAUCAGACUGCCAUUGUGUUGUCUGCUGUUGAAGAUACCUUACGGGACCAGAAAAUUGAAGCUUCUCCAACAGGAUAUUUUACCGCUCUCCUCGCCCUUCUCCGACAGUCUAUAUCAUCUACAGAUGUUGUGAACAAAGAUUUGGCAACUUCGGUUGUUUACCUCCUGGAUGUCGUUGCACCAUACACCCCGCAACCUUUAUUGCAGUCGAAGUUCUCUCAGAUCCUUACGAACAUUGCUCCUGCAUUCUCUUUUCCAGAGGCAGAUGCUCCCCUCUUAAGACCUGCGAUAGGGUGUCUCGAGCCAUUGUUGAUUGCGCAAGAUUCAAAGGCAUGGGAACUUUCACAGACAGAGAUUGGGCCGCGGCGUGCCAUUGCUGCUUUGUUGACCCUGGCGGUUGACCACAGGCCAAAGAUCAGGAAGCGGGCUCAGGAAGCACUCACAAAAGUCCUGAAGAAUCCACCUCCCAGUCCAUCUGUCGACCACCCAGCUGCAGAUAUGUGCGCGGAGACGGCCCUAAUGAGUCUGAGAGACCUUGCUGCUAAAUCGAGCCAAGCCAGGAAGCAGCGGAAGAGCGGUGCAGCAGAACAUGAGCCUGCUUUAAUACAUGCCUUGCACUUGGUUAAGACUGUAGCUGCUGCUUCAGGUGGCUGGCCUAGCAGGAAAAUAGAGCCCCUGUGCGAGAUCCUACUCAAUAUCUCAAGGUCAAGCAAUGAAUACAUGACAAUGGCGGCAUUUGAGGUAUUCGAAAUAAUAUUCGAGGGCAUGGCGGGCGAGAGUGAAGCGUCUUCCAAACUUCCUCGGCUGUUAGAGGUGAUCUCGGAGCUCCGACCAUCUCAGAAUGAUUCCCAAGUUCUACCACCUUGGAUUGCCGUUUUAUCACGAGGCUAUGAUGUCUCGGCACAAAUUGAACCGGAAGAAACUUUCCAGAAGUUACCUGAGUUAUUUGAUUUGAUCUCUGGUUUCUUGGCAUCUUCAUCGCACAACAUUCGCGUUUCAGCGUCUGAAUGCCUGAUCUCUUUCAUGGCAAAUUGCAUACCCGACUCUGUUCUUUUGGAGCCAUCAAUAUACGAUGAGAAGGUCUUAGAGAAGCUGGCAAAAGCUGCUGUGGACCUUCUGAGCGUUAAAUACCAGGCUGCGUGGAUGGAGACGUUCAAUGUCAUGGGUGCCAUGUUUGAUGGCUUGCGAUGGCGAGCUGACCCGAUACUGGCCGAUGUCGUCAGGACUAUCGGCGAGCUCCGUGGAAACGACUCAUUUACCGGCAAGAAGGAAGCAGACGAGAUUAUUGGGAAAGCCAUUCGGGCGAUGGGGCCAGAGAGUGUGCUGAGGAUCUUACCCCUGAACCUCGCGAAACCAAAAGCUGGGCAGCCUGGGCGGGCUUGGAUGUUGCCCAUCCUGCGUGAUUAUGUUAGCAACACCAACCUUCAACACUUCAAGACCGAGUUCGUUCCUUUGAGCGAGCUUAUGUUUCAAAAAGUCAUCGACCACGGGGACGCAGAAAAGACUAUGGAAAUCAAGAUUUUUGAGACGCUUGUCCAGCAGAUAUGGGCAUUAUUGCCAGGAUACUGCGACUUGCCACUGGAUCUUCCGGAGGCAUUUGACCAGGGAUUUGCGGAAAUGGUAGCAAAUCUGCUGUACAAGCAGGUUGAUCUACGUCCUGAUGUUUGCAGAGCUCUCCAAACUCUGGUAGAUUCCAACAAAGCCAUAGCAGCUAUCGAGACAGAAGAUGAUCUUGUUCUUCAGAGCAGAGUCUCCAAAGCAGUUGCUCAAAAGAACCUAGAUCACCUAUCAGCCUUUGCCCCCAAUAUGCUUGCGGUCCUGUUCAACGUUUACAGCCAGACAUUGCCUCAGUAUCGGGGUUAUAUCCUACAAUGUAUCAACGCCUAUCUUAGUAUUGCACCGGCUACCGAGCUCAUGGAGACUUUCGAGCGUGUUACCAAAAUGUUGGAGUCUUCGUUGACAGAAACAGGAGCACAAACCCAGGCCGAAAAACAGAAGCAAAAGCAACAAAACGCAGCUGACAAGAUGCCUCCUAUGAGCCACACGCUCAUGGAUUUGGUUAUUACUAUAUCAAUCUACCUGCCACGAGAGAGUUUCAGCAUCUUAUUCAACAUUGCGUCAAUUAUAAUAAUCAAAGAUGACGAUCCUCAGCUCCAGAAGAAGUCAUACAAACUUAUUCCUCGCCUUGCUGAGUCUGAACAAGGCAAAAUGGCUUUGCAACAGCGCAGUUCUGAGCUUCAACAACUACUCCUUAGCAGCGCAGAGAAGGUUUCUACACCAGCCAAGAGAGAUCGACUUGCUGCAAUAUCAACACUCAUCCCAUUUCUCCCCAACGAUUCUCUCCAUUUUAUUCCGGCAAUCCUAUCAGAAGUCGUUAUUUCGUGCAAAGAAGUCAAUGAGCGAGCACGAACUGCAGCCUUUGACCUGCUUGUCCUCAUGGGCGAGAAGCUUGUGUCUGCCUCGGGGUCCAUGAUCGAGAACAGCAAGGUUCCUCACAUGCCUGACGACGCUCCGGCCGUAACAGCGAAUCUUGAAGAAUACUUUACUAUGGUCAGCGCCGGUCUAGCCGGCAGCACACCUCACAUGGUCUCUGCCUCAAUCACUGCCCUAACCAGAAUCCUCUACCACUUCCGAGAAUCGCUUAGGCCGGAAACCCUCACCGACCUUGUCCAAACUAUGGAUCUCUUCCUCACGUCCAAUAACCGCGAAAUCGUUCGUAGCGUCCUCGGUUUCGUCAAAGUUUGCGUUAUCAGUCUGCCCACUGACCUUAUGCUUCCUCGGCUCACGACAUUGAUACCAAACUUACUGGUGUGGAGUCACGAGCACAAAGCUCACUUUAAGGCGAAGGUCAAGCACAUUCUGGAACGUAUGAUUAGAAGAUUCGGAGUUGACAUUGUGAACAAAAACUGCCCGGAGGAAGACCGGAAGCUCAUUGCCAAUAUCCGCAAGACUAAGGAGCGGAAUAAGCGUCAUAAGGAUGCGGCGAAAGCAGCAGGCCCUGAAGGCAGUGAUGAGGAAGGCGGGGAAGCACGAGGCGGCAAGAAGAAAGGUAGAUUCGAGAGCGAAUAUGACGAAGCUGUCUAUGGUAGUGACGAUUCUUCUGAUGGCUCUGAUGUUUCGGAUAAUGAGAUGUUGGGCAAGAGCCGGAAGGGCUCGAAGAAGGGAGGGCAAACAUACAUUGUGGAAGAUGAAGACGAGCCGUUGGAUCUUCUAGACAGAAGGGCACUGGCAAACAUCUCGUCGACGAGACCGGUGAAACAGCGCACUCCCGCCAAGACGAAAGCAAAGGUCGAUCUGGAUGGGAAAUUAUUGCUUAAUGGCGAUAGUGAUGAUGAUGCGAUGGUUAUUGAUACCCCGGCCGAGGGCAACGGCGACGAUGACGAGGGUGGUGUGGGUGCAUAUGUGAACGCGCUUAAGGGCCGGGAUGCGGUCCAGAGGGGCAGAGGUGGAAGAUUGAAGUUCUCAAAUAAGAGAAGUAAGGAUGAGGAUGAUGAAAUGGAUGUUGAUGAGGAGGAUAUCAAGGCCGUCAAGAAACACAUUGGUGGAACUUCGAGAGACGGGCAAAGGGCAGGGAGAGGCAGAGGUGGGCAAAGGGGUGGGAGAGGAGGAAUAGCCAAUGGGCGAAGAGGGUUAGGUGAGGGGAAGAGACACGAUGGUGGAGGACGUGGCGGAGGUGGGAGAGUCAUGAAAUCAUCUCGGGGAAAAGGGUCUGGACGUAGGUAA